ACUUGCUCCCGCUACAGGGCUAUGGAGAGUGCUCAGUGUACCUUUGCCCCGCGUUGGCGCUCCUCUCGAGCCUGCGAUUCUGCCGGUGAUAAUACAGAUAAGGGUGUAGUACCUGGAGUUAUCUUAUCAGUUAUUAAAAACUGUGUAGCGGAGAGGUAACGCACUGAGAGUUCGGUGGAGAGACGAAGGGCGAGGAAGAAGCGGGUGCCUGCCUUUAUAGCGAGUUUUUGCUGUUGCUGCGAGCGGCAUGGGUAUCAUCCGGAAGGUGGUGACCUUUUUCAUUCUUCGGGUCGUGUCUCUCUGCCUGACGAUCCCCAUCAUCCUGAGGGUGUUGUAUCAGAGGUGGAAGAUUGGCCCAAGCUUCUUCUAUGUGAAACCGAGGCCUAGCCCGCCGCCCAUCCUCAACGACAGGAAGUGGGGGACGCACAGCUACGUGACGCUCAAGAGCCAGGGCAUCAAGUUGCACUACGUGGAGGCCGGGGACAGGAACAAGCCCCUAAUCCUGUGUGUUCACGGCUUCCCCGAAUGCUGGUUCUCGUGGCGAAACCAGUUGCAGGAGUUUUCCAGCAAAUAUUGGGUAGUGGCAGUCGACCUCCGUGGCUAUGGCUCCUCCGAUAAACCCGCCGGGCGGUCAAGCUACCAAGUCGACAAUAUGAUUGAGGAUCUGAGGCAGCUUGUAGGGGCUUUGGGAAAGGAGAAGUGUAUCUUAAUGGCACAUGACUGGGGCGCGGUGCUUGCAUGGCGUCUCGUCAUCCAGUAUCCAGACCUCUUCACUGCACACAUCAGCAUGAACGGCCCGCACCCAGGAGCAUUUGGCAAACAUUUGAAUUCUUCUUUCAAGCAGAUCAGAAUGUCUUGGUACAUAUACUUCUUCCAAAUGCCUUGGGUUCCCGAGCUGAUAUUUCGCGCUCAGGAUCUGGCCACCCUGACGCAGAUGUAUCGCGGCCCCAAGAACGACGUUGAUACUUACCCUGAUGAAGUCAUUGAGGCCUACAAGUAUUAUUUCUCUCAAGAUGGAGCUUUCACGCCUCCAAUCAACUACUAUCGUAACAUUGAUUUUGCUGAUAGAACGACGAAGAUUCCAAAGGUGAAGGUGCCCACCCUCAUCGUCUGGGGCACCGAAGACAUGGCUCUGGACAGACGCCUAGCGGACAUGGGAGCGGAGGAAUGCGUGUUCGCCCAGGUGAAGUACGUGGAAGGAGCGACGCACUGGGUUCAGCAGGACAACCCCAAAGUUGUCAACAAAUUGGUCUGGGAAUUCCUCAACUCUGAUGAAUGGAUAUCAGCAUUUUAGAGUUUUUUUUUUGGGGGGGGUGAGGGGGGUAUGGUUUUAUUGCGCUACCACUUUUGGGUAACGUUAUAGUUUAUCAUUUCACAACAUAGAGCUGCUUUUGAGUUGUUUGUAGAUUUACAUUACUAAUGCCCUUCAACGUCUCGAGAUGUAAAAGGAAAUUGUACAUAGGUAUUUUUUUUCUUAGAAAUGUAUGUGGUGUGGUGUUUAGGUAUAUUUUAUAAUUUGACACUUUUUCCAAUACCAGAAUAAAAAAUGGCUAAUUCUUUUUUAUUAUUUACAUUUGUAUUUGUAUUUACACCCUCUUCAUGUUCAGCUUACCUGUAUGUAACAGACAUAAGGUGUAUCUGACUAUAAAUAAAUAUUUUUAUUUUUAUU